UUAACGUUUUAUUUUUAAAACUGCCCAAAACAAAAAGCACGGAACUGUUGGCUGUUAUUUUUUAUUUAGUAAAUUAUAUUUUUGAAUAAUUAUUAUUAAACACUUUUUAUUAAUUGUUUGAUCAGUGCAAUGGAUUCUAUUACAAGUACCGAUGAUUUGAAUAUUGAAACAAAAUUGCGGCAAGAGAACAUUAUUUUGGACAUAAUAAAAGAAGUUUGUUGUGCUUCUGAUACUAAAUUAUCGUCUAAACUAAUUGGUAAAGUUAAUAGAAUUAUAGCGGACUGUGAUCUUACUCAUCAUUCUAGCCUACACAAACUCUCGACAGCUGAUGAAAGUACAGCAACUGUUUUAGGGUUUAUGAACCAGACAGCAACAGAGUUAACCUUUGAUGAGCAAACAGAAUUAAAUGAAGCUAUUUUGAAUAGAAUACAAACUAAACUACCAAUAUAUAACGCUGAAUUAAAUCAACUGCAGCAGGCAAUAGGAGCUAAAAAAUCUCACAAAAAUACCAUACAAGAAUUACAUAAAAGCUUAGAUGAUAAAAUUACUAUAUUGAAAGAGCAGGAGAAUGAAAAGGUGGAUUUAAUGAUGGAAUGGCUUAAUCAUAGAUUGAACUAUGUUUCGACAUUUACAAAUAAUACUACUGAACUUUUGACACUAAAAACUAAAAUAUUGGAAGUUAAAUCAAGAAUUAUGCAUUUGAACAUCUUGCAAAAUAUUUAUACGGAAACAAAUGAUUCUAUCAAAGCCUACACUGAAAUCCAUAAGGAUUUAAAAGACAGCAUCAAAGAAACCGAGCAAAGGAUUAAACAUUACAAAGAAAUUAUACAAAACAGUUAAUUAUUUAUUUUUCGUUGUAUUUGAUUAAAAUGCUUUUUAAUUUUAUUAAAGUAUGUCAUUAA